AACACUCAACCUCCAAACACUCUUAUUAAGGUAAGCAGUUCAUCACUCAAAAAUCAAAAUACUCUCCUCUUCCAAAUUUGUAAAGUUGAGCAAUGGCGGUGAUGAUCUCCAUGGGUCUUGCCUUGUGGAUGUUGGCGUUCUCCGCCAUGAUGGCCGGGUUGGUUGCUCGGAAAUUCGACAAGAGAAGAUACCACCCUAUCACCGGCACCAUAUUCGACCAGCUCCUCAACUUCGGGAGGCUGCACGACUACAUGACCGAUCUCGCCGCCCACUACAAGACCUACCGACUCCUCGCCCCUUUGCGAAGCGAGGUUUACACCUCUGAUCCGGCCAACGUCGAGUAUAUACUUAAAACCAACUUCCUAAACUAUGCCAAGGGGUGGCACAACCACAGCAUUCUAAAGGAUUUAUUAGGCGAUGGGAUUUUCACAGUUGAUGGAGAGAAAUGGAGGGACCAGAGAAAGGUUUCUAGCCAUGAAUUCUCUGCCAGGGCUCUCAGGGAUGUGAGCGCCCUUGUUUUCAAGGAAAACGCCGUCAAGCUCGCUAACGUCUUAUCGGAAUCUGCAGAUUCCGAUCUCCCUAUCGAUAUCCAAGACCUUUUCAUGAGAUCCACUCUCGACUCGAUAUUCAAAGUUGCAUUUGGAUCCGACCUUGACAGCACGUCUGGGUUGAAUGAGGAAGGCGCGAGAUUCAGCCGCGCUUUUGAUGCUGCAAGCGAGAUCACUGCGUGGAGAUACGUUGACGUGCUGUGGAGGAUCAAGAGGGCUCUCAAUCUUGGGUUGGAGGCGAGAUUGAAGGAGAAUGUUAGAGUUGUUGAUGAGUUUGUGUAUAAGCUGAUCAACACCAAGAUUGCUCAUUCUGAACAUCAUGGUAAACAAGACAUCUUGUCAAGAUUCCUCAGCUUGUCGGAGGCAGAUCCCAAGUACUUGAGAGAUGUGGUGCUCAACUUUGUAAUGGCUGGCAAAGAUACUACAGCAACAACUCUGUCAUGGUUCUUCUACAUGUUGUGCAAGCACCCUCUAUCACAGGAGAAGGCGGCCGAGGAGGUUAAACGAGUUGCAGCUGUGACGGGUAGCAUCUCCGAGUUCGCAGCCAGUUUGAGCGAAGGCUCUCUCGAACAAAUGCACUACCUUCACGCUGCACUGUCCGAGACACUCAGGCUCUACCCUCCGGUUCCUAACCCAAAAAUGUGCUUGUCCGACGACACGUUGCCUGAUGGUUUCCAUGUGAGGAAAGGCGAUGUGGUGGCUUACCAACCAUAUGCGAUGGGGAGAAUGACAGCCAUAUGGGGUGAUGAUGCAGGAGAGUUCAGACCAGAGAGGUGGCUCGAUGAGGAUGGCUGCUUUCGACCUGAAAACCCUUUCAAGUUCACUGCUUUCCAGGCUGGGCCAAGAAUCUGUUUGGGGAAGGAAUUUGCCUACAGGCAGAUGAAGACACUCUCAGCUGUUGUGCUCAGAUUCUUCACCUUGAGAUUGAGUGAUGAGACCAAAGCAGUCAACUAUAGGACCAUGAUCAAUCUCCACAUCGAUGGGGGGCUCCUUCUUCGCGUCCUUCCUAGGGAGGACACUCAGUCUACAGAAUCAAUCAACGUGGACCAUGGCCUCACGCACUGAUCCGAGAAUUAGAGAAAACAUGGAAUGUAAUACCUCUCAAGUAUUAUGAUCAUGUCAAUUACUGAAUAAUUUCAUAUAAGAUAAAUAAAAAGCUUCUGAUUUAAACUA